AUGGCUACAGAAACGCAAACAAAACGAGAGACUUUCCAUUUUAUUAAUGAUCCCUCGGAGGUAAUUAAUGAAGCAGCCAUUGGGCUUACUGAAUAUCACCCCAAUCUUUCAUAUUCCUCAUCUCACAAAAUCAUAUCACGAAAUGACCUUGAAACUUUCCGGGAAAGUCAUGUUACAACUAUCGGGUUUGCAGGAGGUGGACAUGAACCGAUGUUCUCAGGUUUUGUAGGCCCAUCCUUUCUAUCGUGUUCGGUUUCCGGGAACAUAUUCGCAUCACCAACAGCUAGCCAGAUUUUCGAGGCCAUAAAGCUAUGCCAGCCUCUACACUCCCCCUCAAAGGGGACUCUAAUUGUAUGUGGUAAUUAUACAGGCGAUAUUUUGAACGCAGGUCUGGCAAUUACACGGGCUACCGCUGCAGGGUACAAAGUGAGAUUCACACCAAUUGGAGAUGACGUUGCGGUUGGAAAAAAGAAAGGAGGGAAAGUUGGGAGACGAGGGCUAAGUGGGCAUAUUGUAGGACUGAAAAUAGUUUGCGCGUUGGCGGAUAAAGGGGAAGGUCUUGACAGAGUAGGCGAUGUUAUGGAUUACAUUGCUGGAAAUUCGGGGACAAUCGCUGUAGCAUUUGACCGUGUUGCGCUACCAAACUCUAUAGUGACAGAUAUCUCGACACUCCCAGCUGCAACAAUUGAGCUCGGUUUGGGUUGUCAUGGUGAACCUGGACUACGAUCAAUAUCACCAAUCCCUAGUCCCGAGGAUUUGACUAAAGAGAUGAUUUCGCUACUGACAAACACUUCUGAUGAAGAUCGAGCGUUCAUUCCGUUCACGAACUCUGGAAACGACCAAGCCAUUCUUCUCGUCAACAGUUCUGGCAGUACCUCAGAUGAGGUGCUCGCUGCCUUUGCCGAACUAGCGAUCAAAUAUCUGAAGCAGCAAGAUAUCACUGUCGUGAGAAUGACGCUGGGUCCAAUGGUAACAAGUUUGAAGCAAAGCGGGUUUGGUUUUACUUUAUGGAAGUUACCAGGGAAGGACGAGAAGGGCCCGCUGAGUCUCAGAGAAGCGCUGGAGUAUUGGGAUCGUAGAGUAGAAACUGCUGCCUGGAGGCAGUAA